AUGGUGCUUGAGAGCCGGCUGGCUGACCUGCUGCAAGGACAGGCCAAGAAGUUUAUCCAUGGCUUCAACGCGGAGCACCUGAAUCUAGGCCUCCUUAGUGGUUUUUUGGAACUUCGUAACUUGGCGCUGAACCCCGAGCCUGUCGAUGAGCUGAUGCUCGGCAGUGACCUGCCAUUCGUUCUCAAGGCUUGA